AUGUCGACACAAACUGCGCUGAUUGUUGUUCCACCGGGUUUUGUUCUCAAAGAAUUUACCUCAUUUCCAUCUAGCCAUCGCUUGGUCGUCGCCGAGAAGGUCGCUAAAAUCGAGAGGAAAGUCUUCCCUUCGAGUGAAAACUUCGACUACGACAUUGAGCUCAAGAAGAAGAAUAUCGGCCUGCUACUAGCCUUCAAGGAAGGUGAACCCGACAACUUGGUCGCAUAUCUCGUGUACCAGCGGUUGAAGAGGCAGGUAUGGCUGCAUAAACUGUGUGUCGUUGAGGUGCGAAAGGGCAAAGGUCUCGGUAAAUUUUUAAUACAUUCCCUCAACCUCAAGAUGAAAAAGGGAGGCUGUCAAAAUAUUCAGUUGUGGCUCGACGAAAACCGCAAACCGGCCAGAGCCCUGUACGCUUCAUGCGGCUUCCAGCAACUCGAAUACCGACCUGAUUAUUACUCUCCAGGGCGACCAGGCCUGAGAAUGGGGCUAUUUAUCGGAUGA